AUUCGUCUACUUUCUUCUAAUAGAAGAAAUAACUAUUAGAAGCUGAAGAUCACUGCUCUUAGAUCUGAUAUCUCACAGAACUUAUCUGAGCACUUUAACUAAACCAUCACCAAGAAAAUGACUUGCCAGACCUACAGCUUGUUUGCUCUGUCUGUCAUCAUGAUUUAUUUUGGACAUUUUGGAAACAGCUUAAUUCUUCCUCAGCUUCAAAAAGACAUAGACCAACUGAAAGAUGACUUUAACUCAAGUCAUUCAGAUGUAGCUGAAGGUGGACCAAUUUUUACAGGGAAACUGAAAAACUGGACAGAGAGAAAUGAAAAAAGGAUCAUCCUGAGCCAGAUUGUUCCCAUGUACUUGAAAAUGCUUGAAAACACUGACAAGUCAAAGGACCACGUCAGGCAUAUACGUGAGGAGCUCUAUACUCUUCAAGAGAGCCUUUCUGAUGGUUCAAGGAAGAUGAAAGACCUCAGGGACCUGGAAAAGCUUCAGAUGACUGACUUGAAAAUUCAACGCAAAGCUGUGAAUGAGCUAUUCAGCGUCCUACAGAAGCUGGCAGAGACUCCAGCUUCUCACAAAAGGAAAAGGAGCCAGUUUCAGAGGAGCUGCAGAUGCUGGUGACAUCGUGUGAUCUUUUGUCCUGAGUUGUUGUGCAA